AAAAAACGAAAUGAUGUGUCAUGGCCAUUAUUAUACACAGACUUAAACAACAUUUUGCUCGACAUUGGUGAUAAACUGGCAGGCUUAUCUUCAUCAAAAACGUCCAUAUGGUUCAUUUUUACUGUGGAUGCUUCUCUACUUGAAAUUUCACGUCGUUUAUGAAUAAUAUCACAAACAUCAGCUCAACGUCAAGCUAUAAAUGAUACAUCAAUAGAAUGUUUAGAUGGUACAAUCAUUGGUUUAAGAAAAAAUGAUAUUAUUAUAUAUCCAGCAUUUGUAAAACAUUUUGAUCCCAAUUUAUUUGGUUCAAAUCCGUACGAAUAUCAGUAUGAUAGAUUUGUUAAAAAAUCAAAUCAAAAAGUUCCAUCUGUUAUGUUAUUUGGUUGUGGAAAUCGAAUGUGUCCCGGUCGUCUUUUGGCAUUUGGUGAAAUAAAAUUAUUAGUUGCAUUAAUUAUUCAACAUAUGAAUAUUGAAUUUGUCUCAAUGAAUGAAAAAUAUCGACAAGAAUGUUGUAAACAAUUACCAUAUGAUUAUUCAAAGUUUAUUAGUAGUGGUGGACCAAAAAAAGGACAUAAAGAUAAAUUUAUGAUCAAAUAUUCAUAUAAAAAUUUUUAA